UCAAAGGAUCAUCAUGGCUGAUGAUUUUGACGUUGAGGCCAUGCUGGAGGCUCCAUUCAGAAAGACUUCCCUAAUGAUAUCUCACCUCUACUCCCAUGAAUUCAUCUUUGAUUCCACUGUGAACUGUGAAAAAAAGGAAGGUAGUUAUUGUGCAUAUACUGAUGUACUGUGGUUCACCUUAGGACUAAAAGAGAUUCAACCUAGAACAUCCAAUCCCUAUUCGGUUGCAGCAAGGAGAAUGCCAAUGGUUGAUAAGCCCAUCUAUACUUGUCCAGCAUAGGAGGCAGUAUUCAGAUUUACGAUCUGCAUGCCAUCACUGUUUCAGAAUGUGCAGUCCUAUUACGUCAGUUUUAAACUCAGGUUCUGAGAUGGAAAACAAAUGUUUUACACUGCGUGGGGCUUGGAUGAAAAUGUAUCACUCUGUCACCCCAAAUUGCUCAUUAGUUAGAAUCAUGUAUGAAGUUAUAACAAAAAACAAUUUCCCAAAAUAAGGGAUACUGAGUUGUUUGUAUAAAUCUAUUACUGUUUUAAAUCCAAUAGUUAUAGUUUAACAGCAUGCUAGAAAAAUGCAGAUAUUGCAGAUUGUGGACCUUCAUUGUGCGAACACAUGAGCCAUAUCAUGAUUUUAUGGCAAAAAUACAGGGCAAGAUGUGUGACAGAGGUGGCAUCGAGCUCUUACAGUCCAAGAACGAAAAUGGGUGAAGAUCACUGGACUGACACCAACCACACAGGAUCUCUUUUAGUGGCCGUGGGCCAUGCGUGGUCACAUGAUUAGGCACAAAUAGUGGCAUUGGAUGAGAUCAAGUCCUCUCAUGCAAAUGGACAUGACGACCAAAACAAAAAGAAAAAGAGGAGCCGAAGCAAGAGCCGAAGCCCGGGCUCUAGGAGGAGAAGAAGCAGAAGCAAAGACAAAAAGAAGGGUAAGAAGAGGAGCAAGAGCAGAGAAAGAAAACGAAGCCGCAGCAGAGAGCGUCAUCGCAGCAGCUCCCGAAGCAAGGAGCGUUCUGGCCGGUACAGAGCACGCAAGAGCCCACUUCGGAAACGUUCCAAAAGUCGGAGCCCUGUAAAAAAAGAGAAGAGUCCCAUCAGGCAACCAAUUGAUAAUUUAACACCCGAGGAGAGGGAUGCCCGCACAGUUUUCUGUAUGCAGCUCGCUGCAAGAAUCAGAGCUCGAGACCUGGAAGAUUUCUUCUCAGCUGUUGGAAAAGUAAGAGAUGUGAGAAUGAUCUCAGACAGAAACUCCAGGAGAUCAAAGGGCAUCGCUUACAUAGAGUUUGUGGAGUCCUCUUCUGUACCACUGGCCAUUGGAUUGACUGGCCAGAGGCUUUUAGGAGUGCCCAUCAUCGUCCAGGCAUCUCAGGCAGAGAAAAAUAGAGCUGCAGCUGCUGCCAACAAUCUACAGAAGGGCAGCUCCGGUCCAAUGAGGCUGUACGUGGGCUCCCUGCACUUCAACAUUACUGAAGAAAUGCUUCGAGGGAUCUUUGAGCCUUUUGGAAAGAUUGAGGGAAUCCAGCUAAUGAUGGACAGUGAAACUGGACGAUCCAAAGGAUAUGGCUUCAUAUCGUUUGCAGAUGCAGAAUGUGCAAAAAAGGCCUUGGAGCAACUCAAUGGCUUUGAGCUGGCCGGACGUCCGAUGAAGGUGGGGCAUGUUACAGAGCGCUCAGACUCAUCGACGGCCAGCUCAUUCCUGGACAACGACGAACUUGAGAGGACUGGCAUCGACCUGGGAACCACAGGGCGUCUACAGCUAAUGGCUCGACUAGCAGAAGGAACUGGUCUGAAAAUCCCUCCCGCUGCUCAGCAGGCUCUACAGAUGACUGGGUCCAUACCCUUUGGAAACAUUUCUGCUCAAACCUCUGUUCCAACUCCAACUCCAAGCCAAGCCUUGAACCUCCCUUCACAGCCGUUGGCAACACACUGCCUUCAGCUGUCCAACCUGUUCAACCCACAAUCUGAAAAUGAUCCCAGCUGGGCGGUUGAGAUCCAAGAUGAUGUUAUUGAAGAGUGCAACAAACAUGGAGGAAUUGUUCACAUCUAUGUUGAUAAAAACUCUGCUCAAGGUAAUGUGUAUGUGAAGUGUCCCUCAAUACCAGCAGCAAUGGCCACUGUGAAUGCACUUCAUGGACGCUGGUUUGCAGGCAAAAUGAUAACGGCUGCCUACGUUCCCUUACCAACCUACCACAACCUUUUCCCUGAUUCUGUAACGGCGAAGCAGCUCCUAAUGCCGGCACGCCGAUAGUCUGACACUCGUGAAAGUCAGUGUAAAUACAUUGUUUGCCGUCAUUGAAACAGUCAUUGACAUUAGUUGGCUGUGUGUAAUAAAAUUUGCCUCAAGUUCAUGUGUUCAUCAUUGACAAUUAGGCAGGUAUUUUGAGUUGCUUAUCAAAUCUUUUUUGGUUUGUGUUGUAAACUACAGGUAUAUUGGUCUGUAUGUUUUUAAAAAUUCCUGUUCUGCUUGUUUAAAUCAAACUGUUUUAGAUUUAAAAUAAUUGCAAAGAGUUACAAAGCUGUUGGGUUAAUAGGCCUUAAAUGCCAAAAGUAUAUCAAUGUCACCAAUAAUCCUUUGUAACUUUUUACAGCCAUAAUUUCAUUUUUUGUAUGAAGGCUCCCAAUAAACUUUGGCAAAUUUGACAUUC